UAGAAAAGUUAUGAUGAAAAUUAAUGCUCUACCCAAUCGUUGGUGGGCUAAUCGAUAGCUUGAAUCUUGUUGAUUAACCAAACCGUGAAAAUAAUAACCAAAAUGGAUUAAUUCAAGAUUACGCUGUUUUGCCGUUGAUUGCGUAUUCGUUUGUAAAUAUAUUAAAACUGAAAAUUUAGGAUUUCCAUUAUUCAUCUUUUAUUCAAGUUAUUUAAGAUUAGGACCAGCUUAAAUUACAGGCGCUGGCGAUAAUGAAUUAAAAGUACAGAUUUAGUAGAAACAAGAUUUUACAAGGAGUUUGAUAACUUGCUUUAAAGUUUUUAAACAUAAAUUAUUAUUUUGAAUAGGCGCUUGUAGGUAUCGCUGGGUAUCAAAGAAAUUGUCUGACACGAUAAUCAAAAAGUGAAUAGAUAUAAAAUCAUAAUAUGUUUGAAAUUGGUCGGAUAUAUUAACAAGUGUCAGUGAGUUCAAACAACUUGGAAGUUUUUGAAGAAGUAAGAAAUAUUGAUCUGGCAGGAAACUUCUGAAAAAUCGACAUCUGUGUUGAUUAAAGACUAUUAUGGGAACUAAUUCGGACGCAGACAAAUCUUUUAUCAUCGUCAGAUAUGGAGAUAAUGAGGAAGCAAUAUUUAAUCCCUGGUGUUCUAGUUACACGUUAAUGGAGUGGAUACGGAAGAAAUGUAACUGUGAUGAUGACAUUGUAAUAGAUCUGGUAGACAUGGACGGUCAGGUUACAAACCUGUCUGGAAGGGCAAAAGAAUACGCAACUGAAAUUGUUACAGCUAGAGGCAUUUAUAUACUUAUUCGGGUUGAAAGGCUUCCCGACAAUGGACAGUUUCAUUAUACUGCACUUCUAAAUAACCUGGAGGAAAGCAAUCCAGAAUUAAUGGUAAAACUCAACAGUUUGUCACGUCCAACUACUCGAGCAAGAAAUGUCAAACAAAAAGGAGGCAAGAAAACCCAGCCGCCAAAACUACGUCAAGAAUCAGCAAAGAAACAUAAGUGAUAAGGCGGACGAAUGUCAUUUCAUUAUUGCAAACGUUGAGACUCAAACAAAAUGUCAUGUUUAUUAUUUCAUCACCUUAAUGGGGAUUUAAAACGUUUCAUGAUGCCAUUGUCUUUCAUCUCUAUGCCAAAAACAUUUUCACAUAUUCUGACAAUAGUUUCCUUAUCACCCACAACUUCAAGAAUAUUUUCAUGAAUAUCAAUUUGAAUUUAUCUGAUAUUUCACGUGGCAUUGAAAUACGAAUAAUCUGGACUUUGUGUGUAUAUACAUGUUGUAUAUUGAUAUUUGAAUCAACUUUACGAACCUUUAACCUGCUGGCGGCAACUGAUCUUGCCUUUGCGACCAGUGCAGACCAAGAUCAGCCUGCACAGUGCAGGCUGAUCAUGGUCUACAUUGUUUGCUAUUCAGUUAGUAAAUUUUCAGUGAUAACCCCUUUGAAUUGUAAAUGGUAUUUGCCCAAAUUGAAUGAUGGACCAGUCAAUUUUAGAAAUUUAGCAGGCUAAAGGUUAAAAGCAUGUUGCUGGAUGUAAUGAUUUAUAAUAUAUUUUUUGCAAUUCAAACGGUUUUACAUAUUAGAUCAAGUUCAGUAUAAUAUAUAUUAUAUAUAAUUAUAUUAUACAUGUAUAAAGGACUAAAGUUGUAUAAUUCUAUUGAAAAGAGUCCAUUUUCAGUCUGUCAUAGUUUACACGAUUCAUGUAUUAUGCAAAUUCAUAAGUUGUGUUUGAUGCCAAAUUUGACAUCCAAAGUUUCUGUGAUCAUUUUUACGUGGCGGGCCAUAGGAUAUACAUGUAUGUCAAAUACAAAAAGAAAUAGUCAGUUUUAAGAAGAAAUGAUAUGAAUGUUAUUCUGAUCUACCUAUGAAAUAGUUUAUUGUUAAUAAAAAA